CUUUUGAUGAUAGGAAGUGUUUUGAUUGGUACACUCGUUUCUGCGUAUGUAAUUAGUGAAGAGAUUUCCUUCGAUCAUCCUAUUUUUUCUCUUCAAUCUUUUGAAGUUUUUUGAUCGAUGGCGGUGGUCAUGGCUGGGAAGAAGGUCACAUUGAUAAGCUCGGAUGGUGAAGCGUUCUUGGUUGAAGAAGCUGUGGUGAUGGAAUCUCAGACAAUCCGUCACGUGAUUGAGGAUGUACCCGAAGAUAACGUGAUCCCGCUCCCUAAAGUGAACAGUGAGAUCCUUUCCAAGGUUAUUGAGUAUUGCAAGAAACACGUCGACUCGGCUGCGGAAGAAGAUCUCAAGGGCUGGGACUCCAAUUUUGUGAAGGUUGAUCAGGCUACGCUUUUCGGUCUUAUUCUGGCAGCCCACUAUCUGAACAUCGAAAACCUGUUUGAUUUGACCUGCCAAGCUGCGGCAGAUAUGAUUAAGGGGAAAACUCCUGAAGAGAUUCGCAAGUGCUUUAACAUCAAGGAAGUCAUCACCCCGGAGGAUGUGGAGGAGAUUCGGAGGGAGAACGAGUGGGCAUUUGACUGAAUUGGUGCUACUCUCUCUCUCUCUCUAUCCCUUUCUCUCGCUAUUUAGGACGAGUCUUGUGUCUUCUUAAUACUUGGAACGUGUGGUGGUCGUUUUUUCUCUGUUGCAAGUUGGGUAAGAAUGAUGAAACAGCAGAAGCUCUGUCUAUUGAAUUUGUAUCACAAGUAUCUAUACUUGUUGUGUGCAUA